AUGGUGAAGGGAAACACUUUUGCCUAUACCGUACUCGCUGCAUUUGGAUUUUACUACGGUGGUUACGGUGUAAUGUUAAUGCCCUCGCUGGGUAUUGUACAAGCUUAUGGCGGGGAAACGGCCGAAUACCAUAACGCUUUUGCAUUCUAUCAAUUGACAUUGGCCGACGCUUUCACAAAGUCGGCUGGUGCCUUUGGCUUCCUAUCAGCGCUGGCUGGAUUCUAUUUGCUAGCACAUGGAUUAUGUCAAGAUGCAGUUCCGUUUCAGAUUCCCUUGUGUGUAACAAGUGGUCGAUUUCGACGAGCAUCUUCUGUGGGUGGGAAACCUGAUGAGAUAAGCCCCGUUUGA